AUGGACUCUUCAUCCGUAGCGAUUGGAGAUGAGCCGCCUACACCCAAUGGCCCCGUAGCGGCGCCAACGCCGGAGGAGGAGCCGAAUCCACUGACUUAUCCGAAGAGCGCCAAACCAUUCAGUCAAGAUCUGUUCAAGGAGCCGACGUCGGAGUAUCGAGGCUGCCCACUAUGGUCAUGGAACACGAAGCUCGAGAAGAAAAGGCUGCUGCGGCAGAUCGAUUAUCUCCGGGAGAUGGGCAUGGGCGGAUUUCAUAUGCAUGUCAGGACCGGACUUGAUACCGACUACAUGGGCCCGGAGUUCAUGGAUCGGGUGCGAGACUGCGUCGAGUACGCCGAAAGUAAGGGCAUGCUCGCCUGUCUAUACGACGAUGACCGAUGGCCAUCCGGGGUCGCGGGUGGGAAGGUGGUGAAGCAGUAUCCGGAACACAAAACCAAGCAUAUUCUGUUCACGCCGCAUCCCUAUGGUACCGUUGAGCUUGGAGGUGGUUGCGCUCCGAGUUCCGCCCAGGCUUGCCGAAGUGAGCAAGGGUACUUACUGGCAAGAUUCUCCAUCACCCUCGAUGAAAAUGGGCGCCUCAAGUCCAGUCGCCAACUUGAGGAAGGAGAGGAUGCCGAGCCGGGUGGCAGAGUGUGGUAUGCCUACGUCGAGAUCAACCCGCCAUCGCCUUGGUUCAACGGCCAGACAUACAUCGAUACCAUGAGUACCGAGGCUAUGAACCGCUUCGUGGAAAGUACUCAUGAGGUCUACAAGGACAAGAUCGGAGACAAGUUCGGCUCCACUGUCCCAUGCAUCUUUACCGAUGAGCCUCAGGUCGCGAUCAAGACUCAGCUUUCGAGUCCUGACGGCCUCGAAGACGUCUUCCUGCCCUGGACAGCAGACCUUUCGGACACCUUCAAGUCCACCUACGGCGAUGAAGCGGAUCUUGUCAGUGGCAUCCCCGAGAUCAUCUGGGAUCUCCCGGGAGAUUCUCCGAGCUUGACCCGCUAUCGUUUCCACGACCACGUCAGUGAACGCUUCGUCACCUCGUUCCUUGAUCUUCUCGGCGCCUGGUGUAAGAAGAACGGCAUCCUUCUUAACGGACAUAUGAUGGAGGAACCAACACUCCGGCAGCAGACGACUGCUCAUGGUGAAGCCAUGCGCUGCUACCGCAAUCAGUCUCUUCCGGGAAUGGACCUGUUGAAUGAUUGGGUCGAGUACAAUACCGCGAAGCAAUGUACCAGUGUGGCCCGCCAGAACGGCAUCCGAGGAGCCAUGAGUGAGAUAUACGGAUGUACGCAUUGGUACUUCACCUUUGAGGGACACAAGGGAUGCGGAGAUUGGCACGCGGCGCUCGGCAUCACAUUCCGAGUCCAGCACCUCAGCUGGCUCAGCAUGGCCGGCGAAGCGAAGCGCGAUUACCCUGCCAGUAUCAACUACCAAAGUCCAUGGUAUAAGGAAUAUGGAUACAUCGAAGACCACUUCGCCAGGGUCGGCGUGGCGCUCACCCGCGGCAAGGCCGUCACGCGUGUGGCGGUUGUUCAUCCGAUUGAGAGCUUCUGGCUGUGCUUCGGCCCGAACAACAGCGGCGACGAUGAGAUUGGGCGUCGGGAUCAACGGUUUGCGGAGUUGACGAACUGGCUUCUGCAUGGGUUGGUGGACUUCGACUUCAUCGCAGAGAGUCUCCUGCCGAAUCAGAUUGGCGAUGAUAUUUCUUCGCCGCUGAAGGUCGGAGAGUGCUCAUAUGACGUGGUCAUUCUGCCGAGCUUGAGAACCAUCCGUUCGUCCACCCUGGAUGUGGUGAAGAAGUUCGCAGCAGCAGGUGGAAAGGUCAUCAUUGCUGGUGACGGUCCUGUUCUCGUCGACGCCCAGGUACCAUCACCGGAUUUGAGUUUGGAUAUUGAACCACGCCUUCAAGUUGCAUGGGACCAAGGCGACAUUCUAUCAGCUGUGUCGGAAAAUCGAGAUUUGAAAAUCGACCUCAAGGAUGGAAGCCCUACGCAGACGCUGCUGUACCAGAUGCGCGAAGAUGACGGGGAGCGUUUCCUCUUCAUCUGCAACACGGACAGGAACAACCCUUACGAUACCUUGGUCAACAUCAAGGGCGACUGGGACGUUGAGGUACUAGACACCUUCACCGGGAAGACAUCCCACCACCAGGCGAAGUAUGAAAAUGGCUGGACUGUUCUGGAUCACCGUUUCGAGGGAUGCGCGAGCUUGCUACUGAGACUUUACCCCGUGCCGGCAGAGAAACUCUCAUUCGUCGACAUAGCUGGCGCCAUUACGCUGACACCACCCAAGCAAGAGGCCGUUGAACUGAAGCUUGAGGAGGUCGUAUUAUCCGAACCAAACGUCCUCAUGCUAGACUACGCCUCGUACAGAAUCGAUGACGACCCAUGGGAGAAUGCUUCACGACAAGAAAUCCUCAAGAUCGAUAACGAGAUUCGGGCCCGUCUUCGCCUACCGGCCAAAGGCUCAGCCUGGAAGCAACCGUGGAGCGUGCCACAGUCAGAGAGGGCGGCAAAGGUCUACGUUGACCUUCGCUUCGAGUUCGAGUCAAAGCUCAUCAUCAAAACACCCACCUACUUGGCGAUGGAGAAUCCAGAGAAUGCCCGGAUCACCAUCAACGGCCACAAGCUACCUGUCCGUGAAGAAAAGCUGUCUUGGUGGGUCGAUGAGGACAUCAAGACUGUAGCAGUGCCGAAGAGGACUAUUCGCAAGGGCAAGAACGUGAUCGAACUGAGCAUGCCGUUCGGAGUAUUAACGAACCUCGAGAGAGUCUAUCUGCUCGGCAGUUUCAGUGUCGAUCUCAAGGAUAACUUACCAGUAGUGCGUGAGCGUCGGCAGAGUUUCGGAUGGGGAGACAUCGUUACUCAGGGCCAUCCCUUCUACGCGGGCAACGUUACUUACAACUGCACCUUCUCGCUGACCUCCCCGUCAAACGUCACGCUCUCUGUCCCGCAGUUCGCCACACCAGUCGUAAAAGUGCAGUGGGACAAGAAGAAUACUGGUCACAUUGCACUGCAGCCGAGGAAGCUGGAUCUUGGGGAGCUCGACGUAGGGAAACACGAGAUUUCUAUUGCGGCGUUUGGAUACCGUUACAACUCGUUUGGUCACAUUCACUUGGUCGAUGGAUAUUUUGGGUGUUGGCCUGAUCAAUGGCGAACUGGAGGAGCAGCCUGGAGCGAGGAAUACAGGCUGAGACCGACUGGAGUGUUGGAAAAGCCUUCGCUGUUGGUCGAGGCGAAGCCCGAUGCUGGCGAAGAUUGGAUUGUGCUUGCUGAAUAG